AUGUCGACGUUAGGAACCAGUUAUUACGUUGACUCGCGCAUUCUUCCCGAGCAGGAAGAUAUGGCACCGAGGUACUCAUCAGCUGCAGGGGUGGAGCAGGCUGUGGUCACUGAAUAUGGCGGACAGGAGUCUUGCCCUUUGCAGGCGAAAUCUUCUAUUUUUGGUGGAUCAUGGAGUACCAUCCCUUCCCACCCGCCAAACACGACAGCCCCGACCUAUAUUCAUCACCAUUAUACAAGCGGGGACAGCGAUGGCAUGUUUACGCGCUCCUGGGCGUUGGACCCGGUCUCUGCGUCCCUGUGCUUGACGGGAUUACCAUCGACAGGCAUGCAUUAUGAAAUAAAGCCCGAGCCUCUGAUUGGGAGUGCUGAAUGUACGACUUUGGAUACACACACACCUCUUUUGUCUGACAUUGAAAACGGAGCGUCCCUGCCGGAGAUUCCCUGCGAGAGCUCGUCCGGUAAAGCGACUGAAGAAAACCCAGCAGGAGAGGAGAAGGGGGAGAAUGAUGCAAGUAGUUGCCAGGAUAACCCGUCAUCCAACUGGCUUCACGCAAAGCCCACCAGAAAAAAGCGCUGUCCGUACACAAAACACCAAAUCCUCGAACUGGAAAAGGAGUUUCUGUUUAACAUGUACCUCCCCCGGGACCGUAGAUACGAAGUAGCCAGAGUCCUGAAUUUGACCGAGAGACAGGUGAAAAUCUGGUUUCAGAACCGCAGGAUGAAGAUGAAGAAAGAAAACAAAGACCGGAGGAGAGACAGUUAA